AAACGAUUUGAAUUAUUCCCAACAGUUCCGAGACGCGAAAGUGGAAGUUGUGUAUAGAGUGCAAGAACCGUUAUGCCCAGCUUUCGUUGAAGUAUUCGGUUACUGAAAUUCGAAGACUCAGUAAUUACGUGUAUCUCGAUCAAGAAUGGAAGAAGAUCCAGAGAACAAACAUCCGAAUAAUGUUCUUCUGUUUCGGCUGGCUAUUGCAAAUAUUUUUAAACACAUUGCGGAAUCUGUGAGUAACGAUGAAUUUUCGGAGAUUCUUACGAUCCUAAAACCGAAACCGAAAAUUUCACGAAAGUUAUACAAAGCACUCGUGAAGGAACUUAAUGAUAAUAUGACUUCUGAUUUGGAUGAUAUAUUCAACGAUGGUAGUGUACAGGAAGGAUUAAGUAAAGUUGCGAAACUAGCGGACGCAAAUUCUUCGGUUACCGAAGAUGCUUGGAGACCGCCAGGAAAUGUAUCUUUACAUUUACGAUCUUUGGACGCACAUAAAAUUAAAAAACACAGCGAACAGCUCGAGACACGAGUAAUUGAAUUAGAAGACGAAAACACAAAUUUAAUGGAAAAAAUUACAGCGAAACGAUCGAAAAUAAUUGCUAUAAAUGAGAGUAUAACACAGUCUUUAAACAGAUCACCGAUUACAAUAAAUAUGCUGGAAACAAGGCUGGAAAGUUUAAGAAAGAGUUUAACGUUAUUAAAUCGAGAAUAGUAAUAUGGAUAAAUUGUAAAUGUUAAGUACUUUUAAAUGAGUUCAAUUUCUAUAGAGUGAUCUUUACUUUAAUUUUUAUUAAAUAAUUGUGAUAUUUUAUAAGUUCAAAUCGUAUUAAUAUAAACAAGAAAUAUUAGUCUA